ACUCACAUCGCGAUAUACGAUGUACCUACGGCAGUUUGAGUGGAUUCUGUGAGGUCAUAUUGUGACGUCAGAUGUUUGUGACGUCACAGCAUUGUCUUGCUGGCAUUUCUCGGAGUCAGUCGUGUUUAGGAAGCUCUGUCACAUUCAGUAUCACAAUGGGAUGCAAGCAGACAAAGACGCGGUCUCUCAACCAGACAUCGGCUAAAGAAGCACUAGAGGGCAAGAUCAAUUGUCCACGAGAGUUGUACUUCGCCAAAAGUCAGCCCACUUCCAGGCUGUCCGGAGAGGAGAUAUUACAACAGCUACGUGAGGAAGGAAUUGUCCCUGACCGCCACCGCUCAGGUGGUGUGGCUUUCUCGGUUGCUGUGAAGGAUGGUGGUGCCGGCACUCGAGGGAAACCACCCAGACGCCUGGAACGCAUGGCUGCCAAAGGUCUUUACACCUCAGAAGAGCGCCAGAUAAUUGCUGAUGUCGCUCGUUUUGACAGGUUUGUGGAGCAAGUACAGAAGCGAGCCCUUGACAGAGAUAUUAAAAGAAAGACGGUGCUUCUUGAGAAGGAGAGGCAAAACCUCAUGAAGAAGAUGAGGGCGCGGCAGAAACUAUGCGAGCGGGAAAAACGUCUGAAGCAAUUCGCUGAGGAGAAGGCAAUAAAGGAGGAAGAGAAGGCGGCGAAGAAGGCGAAGGCUGCAAGGAAGAAUGAUAAGGCCGAAAUAAAGAAUUCUUCUAUCAAGAAGUAGAGGAAGGAUGAGGAAGAAGCAGG